GCGGGGCGGGGCUGCGGGCGGACGUUGGGAGCGCGGAGGAGGAAGGCGAGAAAAUGGCGUCGACGGAUUAUAGUACCUAUAGCCAAGCUGCAGCUCAGCAGGGCUACAGUGCAUAUGCACCUCAGCCAGCUCAAGGAUAUGCACAGACCACCCAGACCUACGGGCAACAGAGUUACGGGACCUAUGGCAACCCGGAUGUCAGCUACACCCAGCCCCAGACCACUGCUACCUACGGGCAGACGGCAUACGCCACCUCCUACGGGCAGCCCCCUGCUGGUUACAGCACCCCAACAGCCCCCCCAGCCUACAGUCAGCCUGUCCAGGGGUACGGCACAGCCACCUACGACACCAGCACCGCCACGGUGACCACCACCCAGGCCUCCUACCCAGCACCCUCCGCUUAUGGCACCCAACCCGCCUACCCAGCCUAUGGGCAGCAGCCGGCAGCCUCAGCUCCCACCAGACCCCAGGAUGGCAGCAAACCAGCAGAAACCAGCCAGCCCCAGUCAAGUACAACAGGCUACAGCCAGCCCAGCCUGGGCUAUGGUCAGAGCAACUACAGCUACCCCCAGGUGCCUGCCAGCUACCCCAUGCAGCCUGUCACUGCCCCACCAUCCUACCCCCCCACCAGCUACCCCUCCACACAGCCAAGCAGUUAUGACCAGAGCACUUACUCCCAGCAGAGCACCUACGGGCAACAGAGCACCUACGGACAGCAGCCCAGCUACGGCCAGCAGAGCAGCUAUGGGCAACAGCCCCCCCCAACCAGUUACCCACCCCCCACAGCCUCCUAUAGCCAGGCCCCCAGCCAGUACAGCCAGCAGAGCAGCAGCUACGGCCCACAGAGUUCCUUCCGUCAGGACCAUCCCAGCAGCAUGAAUGUUUAUGGACAGGAAUCUGGAGGCUUUUCAGGCCCAGGAGAGAACCGGAACAUGAGUGGUCCUGAUACCCGGGGCAGGGGAAGAGGGGGAUAUGAUCGUGGAGGCAUGAGCAGAGGUGGGCGGGGAGGAGGACGUGGUGGAAUGGGCAGCGCUGGAGAGCGAGGUGGCUUCAAUAAGCCUGGUGGACACAUGGAAGAAGGACCCGACCUUGAUUUAGGCCCGCCUAUGGACCCAGAUGAGGACUCGGACAACAGUUCAGUGUAUGUGCAGGGACUCAAUGACAAUGUGACCCUGGAGGAGCUGGCAGACUUCUUCAAACAGUGUGGAGUUGUCAAGAUGAACAAGAGGACUGGGCAGCCAAUGAUCAACCUCUACAUUGACAAAGAAACUGGGAAACCCAAAGGAGAUGCUACAGUGGCUUAUGAUGACCCCACUACUGCCAAAACAGCCAUUGAAUGGUUUGAUGGGAAGGAUUUCCAGGGGAGCAAGCUCAAAGUGAGCCUGGCACGGAAGAAGGGCCCCAUGAACAGCAUGAGGGGUGGGAUGGCCCCCCGGGAGCAGCGGGGAAUGCCCCCCCCUCUCCGUGGAGGUCCGGGGGGACCUGGUGGCCCCGGGGGGCCUCCAAGUGGCCCCAUGGGCAGGAUGGGAGGCAGAGGUGGAGACAGGGGUGGCUUCUCCUCCAGAGGACCACGGGGAUCCAGGGGAAACCCCUCUGGCGGGAGCGUCCAGCACCGAGCUGGGGACUGGCAGUGUCCCAACCCGGGCUGUGGAAACCAGAACUUCGCCUGGAGAACAGAGUGCAACCAGUGCAAGGCUCCUAAACCAGAAGGGUUCCUCCCACCUCCCUUUCCCCCUCCAGGUGGUGACCGUGGGCGAGGUGGCCCUGGGGGGAUGCGAGGUGGGCGAGGAGGUGGCCUAAUGGACCGGGGGGGACCCGGUGGCAUGUUCAGAGGUGGCCGUGGUGGUGACAGAGGUGGCUUCAGAGGAGGCCGGGGGAUGGAUCGAGGGGGCUAUGGAGGAGGAGGACGGCGAGGAGGAGGAGGUGGAGGAGGUGGUGGUGGAGGCCCUGGGGGUCCCCCAGGCCCCCUGAUGGAGCAGAUGGGAGGUGGAGGCAGAGGUGGACGGCGCGGAGGAAUGGGAAAGAUGGACAAGGGUGAGCACCGCCAGGAGCGCAGAGACCGACCCUACUAGCGCCGUGACCCCCCCCUCCCCUCCUCAAACCCCCACCCCCCGAGGCUGCAUUUCCUACCAGAUUUAUUUUUUAAAACCAGAAAAAAAAUGUUUUAAAUUUAUAAUUCCAUAUUUAUAAUGUUGGCCACAACAUUAUGGUUAUUCCUCGUCUGUACUUUAGUAUUUUUCACCGUUUGUGGAGAAACAUUCAAGCCAAGUUCAGCCGUAGCUGCCGAGGUGUUCCCCCCCCCCCCCACUUCCUCCUCCCUUUAAAACCGGUUGUUACGAAGCCCCCCUCGGCCCCCGCCCUCCUGCGAGCAUGCUGCCCCCCACCCCCCGCCGGCUGCGACGCUGUUAACGGUUGUGACGGUUUUUUUUUUAAAUAAAAUUCCCGAUGUUUAUAACUGAA